AUGUGGUUCAUGCCACUCCGAUGGAACACAAUUCGAUGGAACAUAACUCGGUGGAACACCAGAGCGAUGCCCCCGGCAUCUAAGAAAUUGCUCAGUUAUGACGAUGUGGAUAGCAAGACAUACAAUCGGUUGAUCGGGUUCAAAAAGUUACCUCCACUCAAAGGCGCAAAACCGCCGCCAAAAAGCGCAAAACCGCCGCCAAAAAGCGAGAAGAGAGAGGUUGAGAAGCGUGCCACAUUGUUUGAAGAGCCGCAACUUAGGCUCCUUAAAGAAAUUUGUGACGCGAUUGUGACAAGACUGCGUCCUCGAGACUUUGUCCUUUUUGUCGGUAACAGUGGCAGUUAUAUGAAUUACUGCUUUAACCACCCGCGAAUGGGGGCAAUUCCUAUGAGUAAAGCGAGGAGAUAUGAGCAAUUCAGUGAUCGUGAAAACGAUCCUGAAGGCUAUGGUAAAUUACCUGGAAAUGACUGGGGCACGAAAGGAGCCCACCUGACGGAAUAUUACGCUCGUUAUCUUCGUCCAAAGUUCCUUGUAACACAAGAGGACGACAGCCACCAAGUUGCUGAUGGUCUGAUUAUAAACAGAUUUCUCUUAGUGGAUCACUCUACUUCAGGCAGAUCUGUGGAUGCCACUAAGCUCCUCAUUGAUCACGUCUUUCAUUUCGCAAAGCGAUACAAGGGACGCUUUGCGGAGUUAGAGGCACGGAAUUAUGACGCUGUACCAUUUUCGAUAUUCAAUGUCCUCGAUAAAAAGGACACGGUGAGAAUUGGAGGCCAUAGAGGUGCCAAGUUUUCACUCAAAGCACCAAAGACUGUGAAGCUCAUAGGAGAUUUCUGGGUAGGGAGUAAAGGUGAUGUGAACCGAAUUCUUGGUGACGGAGAUCACCAUUAUCGCAAUCAGGUUGACUACUGGCCUGCUCGUUGGAAUGCAGAUACUGGCUAUUGGUGGAUGUUGGAGCCGGAAAAGAAACAGCAAGCUGUUGAAAUUCGAGCGCAAAUCAAGAAAUAUGUCAGGGAUCAUAACGGGGGCAGACUCAUGGCCCCGGAAAAUCUCAACAAGGGCAAUGAAUGA